AACAAUCUUUGUCGGCCUCCAUGUCGUAGCCCCGCUCCUCCUCUUAUGCAAAACACGCUCGGUAUCCGGAAAUUAACAAUCCCGUGAUGUGAGGGGAGUGCUCGCAUAGCAUCGGGACAGCUACAGUGCCUUUCUCGAUUUGGGCUUUAAAUACGUAUGCAGCGGUUAUAGUUAGCUAACAAUUAAGCUCCGUUGUCAUGGGGUUUCCGGGUUCGAAGGCUGUCGGUGGAUGUAUCCCUCCGCACGGACGUUAACAACGGGAUGAAGCCUCUCACCCGGACCUAACGGGAUGCCGUUCAGUUAGCUUCUCCGUGGGACAGAUUAGUGUGCCACACAAGCUAGCACACUAGUUAAUACGCUGUGGCAAGUUAAUUACAAACUCAGAGUUAUGGCGCGGUUAAUGUUGGAGCAACUGUCAGAUUUCGGGGAUUAUACUGGCAGUAAAGAGCUAACCGAAAUACUUGAACUGACUAAUAACAGCCUGUCAGACGUCCGCCUGAGCCCUGAUGGUCGUCACAUCCAUGUCAUCCUCCGCAAGCCUAAAGCCGGUCUUGUGACUUUUGACAAGUAUGAAAGAGCCCAGCUGGUCCAGAACCAGAAGAAACAGGAUUUGUGGCUGACACGAACUGUGCCCAUUGUGGAUAUUUUAUAUUUGGACCAUAAUAAUAAUAACAGCAGUAGCAGAGACACAGCAGCCGUGGCGGUGGUUUAUGAGAAUGGAAAAGCUGAAUUUUGGAAAUUCCAGGAGCGCAAAGCUGGCUGGCAUCUCCUGCAAACAUCAGACUUAUGCAACAGUCCCCGGGCCAGAGUAGUGUCUGUUUGUGUUUGCUCCAAUCUUAUCAUCUGGUGUGAGGAGAGGCCGCCCUCAGAGAGCUCCCCUGCCCUCAGCUCUACAAGGAAUAAGUUGAGAUACUGUGUUUGCAAACGUGACUUUGAAGUGGAGGAGGGGGCUGUCAGCUUGGGAGGAGUGAAAAUCGCCCUCCACAACAAUCCUAAAUUCACUGUGGUCAGCUCAGGUGAAUAUGUGCACCUUCUUCCUGACUUGAAAGUGAAGCCGCUGUUGAGCAUAUCCAAAUUUUUCCUCUCCUGGUCCCCUUGUCACGACUCCUUCAGGCUCAGCACCACAUGUAAGAACACUCCACUGAAAAAGUUUUCAGCUAAAGAGUCUGACUUUAAGAGGUUGGUGACAGACUCUUUGGGAUAUUUGGCAACUCUUGAACCAUCUGAGAUCUAUGACUUCUCUCCUACAGCCUGUGGAGGCCUGCUGCUGCUGCUCAGCACAGGCUGGCUGUGUCUCCUGCAGAAAGAUGGGACGCUGCGGCAGGUAUACAAACAGGCGGACAACUGCUUGGUUAAAUACGAUACUCACACUAGCCUCUGCAUGUACCAGGACACCCUGGCGCUACUGGUGGGGCAAAACCUGCAUCUCAUAGACAUGAACUGUGGCAGGGAGCUGGCAAAUAUUGUGCUGAAAAGAGAGGGUUUAUUAUAUGCAAACCGGGCUGAAAGACAGACACCUCACCUGCUCUCAGAAACUGGACUUUUUGUGGUGGUGAACAAGGAGACAGACUCCAGAGAUUGCAACUCUAAGAUGAAGCCUUCUGGUUUCAGUGCAGCGGAGGGUAUUCAUCCCGGAGCCCUCCUGGUGGAGGCUGUCUUUGAAGAGGCCUGUAAAUACUACCAGCAGAGGAGUCUCAGCAGCACCCAGCUCACUGUGGACACACUGAAGAAGGGAGGCAGGUUCCAGGCUCCCAUCUCCUUAGCUUCCAUCCUCAGGAACUACUUCAGUGCAGGGUCGAGGCAGAAGGGAGCAGAGCUGUCCCAGAAUGGAGGAGGUGGAUGUAUGGGAGGGCAAGACAAGCUAAUGGGCUCUCUGGAGGCCGAGCUGAAGGCUCUGGUCUCUCUGGAGGAGGUGAAGGGGAGUUUAGUGAGGGGAAGUGUUAAAGAGGUGGAGGCAGUGUGUGAGAGUCUAGUUGAGAAAGAAGUAGCAAGACUGCUGUCAUCCUCAGAGCUGGAUAAAGAGGCUCUGCUUUACCUCAACUCCAUCUUCAGCAUCUUCCCUUGCCAGGCAUGGAGGGCGGCGCAGGCUGCCCUCCAGCUACACUACAAUGGGGAGGGCUCUCUGUCCAGCAGGGCUCCCCCAGAUGUGUGGAAAACUGUCCUCAGUCCUGCUUCAACUUCCAGCAUCCCAGCCUCCCUCCGAUUCACAAACGGUGGAACAAAACACAAUCACAACCUCAAAGGUGAUUACAUUGCCAACUGUAAAGCCAAAUCUCCAAGCUCUUCUUCCUCAGCUGCCCUGCCAGUGUUUGAACUCCUCUGCCACUCAGUUUUCCACUUCCAGCCGAGCUGGCUACCCAGGUUCCUCGAACUCUCCCAGGAGCAGCAGGGCUCAGUCAGUCUGGGCCUGAGUCUAGCCUCCUCUUCGUGGGGCUUCUCUGGAGGGAGAGCAGGAGAGGGCGGGGAGAACAAUGCGCCACUCUACAAACGAGCCCUGUGUGUCUUGUCCAGCUUGAGCACAGACAGAGACCAGCACCAGGACUUGGAGGUUGAGCUGCUGUUGGUCAGUGGGCGGCCUAAUGCCAUCCUGCAGGCGCUGAGGGUCCUCAUGGCCAAGCAGGAGUGGGAGCGGGUCACCCAAGUGGCCCAGAAGUUCUGCAAACAGAGUCCGCUGCUCAACAAGGAGAUUUUCACUACUUUGCUGUGUGAGGUGGCCCAACACAGAGAUCUGGACCCGUACCUGGAACUCUUGUGGACUCUGUGUCCUGAGGACAUCACUGUCACCACUAUACUAAACGUGGUGCUGAAAAACCUUCCCACCCCUAACACCCCCACCUUCCCUUCGUCCUCCUCUUUCUCUAUGUCUGGUGCAACCUCCUCAUCCCCAGCUCCCUUUGCAGAUCCCCACAGCAACCAGUUGACCAUUGGACUGUUGAAACCUCUGCUGAGCAAAGUCCUUCAGCGGGAGACAAAGCCCAGCCAGCGCUACGCUGACAUCCUCCAGUCCCCAUUGUUUCCCCCUCCAGCACCUCCUCGUCAGCCUGCAGAGCAGCCUCGGACUGUCACAGAUGACAGCACGGACCCUGCUCUGGGCAAUGCCAUCUCCCCGGCUCUGCUUGUCGGAACACCUGAACAGCAGUCUUCCACACACGCAGUCGUGCAAAGGCCCAGGGUGGCACUACCUGCUAACCCAUUCUGAUUUACAUAUAUAUGGACAAGCACACUCGAAAUGGAGAAAAAAAUACUAUCUCAGCAGACAUUCCACACGUUAUCUGACCAAACUGUGAAGCAGUGUGUGUUGACAAUCAAUUGAAAACAGAAUAAUAUCAGUAUGCUACAAGUAUCAUCAGUGUGAAGCAGUUAUUUUGUGUUUUUAAACAUAUUGGUAAUUUCAGAUGAAGUAUGAUAACUAGAAACUAUGAAAUGACUACUGAAGAUCUUACUGGUGUAAAUACUGCAGGCAAUUUUAAGUCUUAAUGUGUAUAUAGUGUAUCAGCAAAGUUAUUUAUGUCUGAAGCCUUAACUGCACGUGGAUGAGACAGUUAUUUGAUAGCCUCGCAUUGAACAAGCUUAGCCUUUAUCAGAAUGUCAUCAAUAGAUAAUAAUAAUAAUAAUAAUAUAUUGUCUUGAGUGUAUUGUCUCAGUCAAAAAAAAGCCACUAACUCCCACUGUCUGAAGUGGCUGAUGUCUGCUAAUUGUAGCCAAGUAUAGCUGCCUCUCACUUGCUGAUGUCAAAGUGCAUUCCUUCAGUGGGUAAUCUACUGAGUUUUAUCCAGACAAGCUGGCCUUUGUGUUUGAAUGUUUGUUUUAAAUGAGGUAUGGUUGAGAAGAGGAGGGAGGGAAGGGGAGGGAAGGGGAGGGGGGUCCAAAGUUUCCUUUACUUACUUCUAGUAUUGUAUUUAAUAUAUUAUAAGUGCUUAAACAUUAACCUAGUUUCGAUGGGCUCAACCACACCAUGAAACCUAUGUGGACAAAACCCCCUAAUAGUCUCCUUGUCCAGCUUCUGCCUUUUUCAAUUUUUUUUCCAUUGCUGUCGUCUGUUUUUUCUCUCCGGACUCCAUCUUGUCCACUCUGCUCCCUCGCAGUCCAACUCACAGGACAUUCCACACUGAAUAGCCGGUAAAACUGACUCAUAGUUCGACUUUAAAUUAAAUUUCUUGGGUAAUUCUGUUAAGAUUUGAGUGUGGGUUGGGCGCAUUGUGACUAACAGAGGCGCCCUGCUGCUUGCAUAAGGCCAUGUACAUCUUCCUUCAUGGACCCAGUGAGGGUAAUGUUAUUAGAGCAUGUUAGACCCUCUGUUUUGCCCCUGCUAUGUUUUUUUUUCCUCCAUGCUCUGAAACCGAUUGCACUUUUAAAUCGCCCCAGUCAGUAUUGUUUGUACCAUGCUUUGAUGCAUCUGUUGAAAUGAAUGUUUUCUGAUUAAGUGCUGCAAACAAAUCUAUAUUUAGGUGCCUAUUGCCUGUUUGGUGCUUUCUUUUUGAGCAGUCUAUAUGGCCUGUUUUAAUCACUAAAAGUAUUUUUGGGGCCCUCCAAAACAAAAUGUCAUGUAUUCUGUAACAGUCUACUGAAAUGAUAAGUCUAGGCUCAACAUGGGGGAAGUACUGUCAGAGUCAGUGACAAUCAGAGUCCAAAAUGCCACAGAACAAUCAGAGUGCCUUUCACAGUGCUGCUCUUCAUUUACAGGGUGGUGUGACAUUUCUGCUGGGUCUCCUCAGCUUCAGUCAUAUUCUCAAGAAAGAACUGGAGGUAGAUCGGAGGAUCUGUAUCUCUGUUUUGUAAAUCUACAUCGUAUUUAUCUUAAUUUCAGUAUGAAGCCUGCAGAUUUCUUACUCCGGUCUGAUUUGUCUAUUGAUAGUAUCAUUCCAAACACUGUACACUUUAACAAGUAUGACAAUCUGUGCAAAUGAUUUCAGUUCAGUGCCAUGAGUUUCACUGCGUACCAGACAUGUCUCAGCCGAUCUGAAAGUAACUGGGAACUCCCUGACUUCCCCAGACAAGCCACUCAGCUCAGUGUUAUGACUCUUCAGAUGUUAUAUAUUAAUUUGCCUUAAACUUUGCUUUCUGUUAACAAGUAAGAAUUCCUCUUGGAUUUGCCUGACAAAUUUUCAUAUCUACAUUAUUACUUUGUUUACUUUUGGUCAUCCUAUAUUUGAAGAGAGAAAACGUAUACAUGUAUUUAUGAACAGAUGCUAUAUGCUAUUAAACUGAAGAUAAAACUUC